AUGGCUGCAAAGGGAUAUGCAAUAGGCGUCUUCAUUAACAUUGAGGGGGCUUUUGAUAGCACCUCAAACACGUCGACUAAAGACGCCAUGAACAGAUCCAACAUUCCAGAAACAUUGAUUGACUGGACACAAAACAUGCUGAAGAGCAGAAGACUGAUUGUUAAUCAUGGCAAUAGCUCAGUUGAGGGGAGGUCGGCGGCGGGCUGCCCGCAGGGGGGAGUACUCUCACCCUUGCUGUGGUGCCUGGUGGUGGAUGAACUCCUCACUGAACUGAAGAAAUCAGGCUUCGAAAUCUACGGAUAUGCGGACGACGUGGCCAUAAUUAGGGACCCCAAAUUGAGCUGGAAACCACACCUCGAGGAAAACAGGAAGAAAUUCUACACCUCUAUGUGGGCUUGUAGAAUAGCCAUGAGAAAGAACUGGGGACUAAACCUCAGGACAGCCUUAUGGCUAUACAAGAUGGGAGGAUUCCUGAGGGCUGCAACAGGAGCUAUGAAAACUACACCAACUGAGGCGCUACAAGUGGCACUCAGUAUUCCGUCCCUAAACCAGGUGAUUAAAUACAUAGCCAGGCAAACAGCAUACAAACUAAAAUAUCAAGGUGAGUGGAAGGAAACCAGGACUGGACACACCAGACUGGGACUUUCCGAUAAACAUCCUUUCAACUUAAAACAAGACAGGAUCCCCAGAAGAUACCAGUUUAUGAAGACUUUUAAAGUUCAAAUACCGACUAGGGAGGACUGGAGAAAACCUAACUUCAAAACCAAUCCAAACGUAGACAUUUGGUUCACAGAUGGAUCGGGAGCAAAUGGACGAUAUGGGGCAGGCAUAUAUGGGCCCAAUAUAAACCAUGAGGGGAAAAGCAGAAAACAAAUACACAUUUACACAGAUAGCAGAGCAGCUAUCGAAGCACUUGUAAGAACCACCACAGCAUUAUCUGUGGUAAGGGACUGUAUGCAAGCACUCACAACACUAGGGGGUAUACCUGGAAAUGAGAGAGCGGACGAACUGGCAAGGCUGAGCACUGAAAAGGUUCCGACUGAACAGAUCGUCGGUGUCCCAUUUUCAGCAGGAACAAAAAUGAUCAAAGAGUGGCUUGAACGUGAGCACUCGAGCUCCUGGAAGAGGGCUGUAAACGAGCCAAACAAUUCAUGA